UUCUGUCUUUAUAUUGUAUUAAAUCAUUUUCUUUUAUUGUUCCAGAAUAUAAGAAAAGACAUGUGUCGUGUUGUGUGUAACCCAUUGACAAUAGUUUUGAUAUCAAUGCAGGUUUACAAUUCCCUUGCAUUUAACCAGACAGAAACUUCUACGAGUCCAAAUAAGGAGGUACGUUUCUGCCGAUUCAAGGAUAAACUGAUGUCUUACGACGAGUUUAAAAAUAAAACGAAAUUCAUGUGUUUCUACUAUUUAUUUCGAAAGAAAGAGAAAGGCCAAUCUUGUACAGUGUUAUCAAGACAAGAAUGUGAAAGAUGGAAGACAUGCAGUUUGGAUGCUGUAAAAUGCUGCGAUCGAAUGCUUAAGAUGUCUGCCGAUGAUGAUAAUUCAACAAAUUCCAGUAGUCUCUCCUGUCAUUCAAAUUGGGAUGGAUAUGGCUGCUGGGACAAAUCUUUUGCGAAUAAAACAGCUAACAUCAAGUGUCCUGGUUUUGCUUCGACACAUUAUUUACCAGACAAUCUUCUGGUGACCAAAGACUGCAGUGUGAAUGGAACAUGGGAGUUACAUCCGAUCACUAAAAGACCCUGGACUGACUACACAGUAUGUUUUCUAAACAAGCUAGAGGAUGUCAAAACCAUUGUCCUUGUGAAUAUUUUCAUGAAUGCUGCCUCAAUAUUGUUCUUGGGACCAGCUAUUAUUAUUUUCCUAGCUUACAAAUUUCUUCGACGAGAGAUGAUAAUUAUGAUUCACAUCAGUUUCUUCACGUCACUCUUCCUGGCUAGUGUGAUGCUUUUUCUCAUCAACACAAUCUUCACAUAUCAGAAUCUUACCAAUCCAAAACGAUCUAGCUCUACCAACGACAAUUUCGAGUGUGUUUCAUUGAAUAUACUGCAUCGUUAUUUCGACUCAGCUACAUACUUCUGGAUGUUCUGUGAAGCAUCACAUUUACAUCAAUUGACUGUAAACUGCUUUCGACCACCUCGCCGAAUGUACAUGUAUCACUGUUUUGCUUGGGGGCUUCCAUUGGCACUUAUGAUAAUUUACAUAAUACUACGAGUCAAAAGCCUCCAUACCGAAAUAGAUGAUGACCCCAGGGUUAACUGCUGGAUACCCCGUGCUGGACAACUAGAAUGGAUUUUUAAUGUACCUCAUAUCAUUUGUUCAAUUCUGAAUGUAGUUUUCCUCUGUCAUAUCUUGCGGCAACUUUUUAAACUAGAAUCUCACCCAAACGAUCCAAGCAGCUUAAGACGCUCUGUGAAAGCUUUAAUUCUGUUACUACCAUUGUUUGGAAUUCAAAUUCUGAUUGUGACAUACAGAGUUCCUGAGAGCAGCAGACAUUACUUCUGGGUGAAUAUCAUUAGUGAUACCAUAACAGGAACAAAGGGACUGAUUGUCUCAGUAUUGUUUUGUUACAUGAAUGGAGAGGUUCUGCAUUAUCUUCGAAGAACUGGUUUGACCUGUCUUCCUGAAACUCGUCCAGAUACUCGCAAGAACAGCUGCCCGACAAUCAACUCUGAGGUAUCACGAGCAUCGACGGUAAACAAGUCAUCAUCAGUUCACUACAAGAUCAAACCGAAAGAGGCUUGCAAAGUUCUAUUAACAUCUUCAAAUAAGAAAGGACAGGCCAGCACGCCAGUUUGACAAUCAAUGGAGGAGGAAACCGAUUCGGCUUGCCUCACACCUUUCAUAUAACUCAAACUUAAACUGAAGAACAUUGCUUUAAUUUCCUUUUCUCUCCAUUUCAAUUUUGUUUACAGUUCAAACAUGACUGUUGAAAUAUCCUUCUAUGUAUAUUUCUUUUUCUUUUGUUUUAUUUUUCCUUUUUUUUCUAGAGGCGAAUGUUUUUUUAUGAUUUAUUAGCGCAGGAAACAAGUAACUUGUACCACUGUUUAAAUAAAUCAUGACUGGUAUAUAAACAGAUCAAUGGGAAAAUGUCACAAUCGAUAGAUUCAGGGUCGCAUAUGUGACUUGCAUAAUGUAUCUUGAGAAAAAUGACUGGGUAAGCUAAAUCGUUUUAUCUCGAAGUGGAGAGACAGAAGAUACAGAAUUAAUUCGUUGUUGUUUAAUUUUAUUUUGGAAACUUAGUCUGAAGUAAAAGAUAAGACUAACGAAAAUGAAAAAUAUUUUUAAAGAUACAAACACCAAAAUAAAAAAUGGCAUUUGAUAGAACAAAACAACUGUAGGCAUCGGGUCGCGACAUUGGCGCCAAUAAGGUUUCCCACCUUAGUGGAUUUGUAACUGCUGUAAAAAUAUGUUGGAAGUUUUUCCUUUUUUUUCCAAUAUCACACAUACUGUGUGUGAUAGAUAUUUCUGACAAAAGAGUAAUCUCUUUUUGUUGUUUUUAUAUGUUGGGAAAACUAUACAUUCCCUGCAAAAAAAAUCAUGAUACAAUCAAAUCAGCAAAAAUCAUCUAUUUUAAAAUGUAACAGUGUUGUCAUUCAUCCUCACACGUUCAUAUUUACAGAACCAAAUAUAAAUUGAAUAUGACCUCUAAUUUCAAACUGUCUUGGAAAAUUUUGCUUAAAUUUCUAUUAAAAAUAACCAUAUCUGCAUCUUGCAAGUGAAAACUGCUUUAUGUGUGUAUGUACGUAUGUAUGUAUGCAUGUAUGUAUAUAUACAAAGAGAAAGCAAGAAAGAAAGAGUGUGUGUGUAUGAGAGGGAGGGAGAGAGAGAGAAGGGAAGAGAAUGGAUUGUUUUCUUAUUUUGUACAGAUAUUGUGAGUUGUAAGCCAGACUCGCUAACUUCGAAACAAUAAUUCUCAAGACUUUUUUUGUUUUACAUAUCUUGGGCUGAAGUAAGAUAAAUUGUAAGUUUUACUUCUCUAUUUUAAUAUGGUUUACGUGUUCUGAACUUACAUUAUAGAAAUGUUCGAGCGAAAAUUUCAUCGAAGAGAUUAUUAGUAUUGUUGUUGUUGUUAUUGUGUGGUUGUUGUUAUUGUGAUGGUUGUUGUUGAUUCCGAUAAUGCUGAAAACAGUUUUUUUUAAUGAAAUAUUCACUGUUAAAAUAUUGAACGGUCUCCACAUUUAGGUAUUAUCGAACGAAAUGUUUAUUUUUGUAUAAUGCUAUGCUUUGCAAUAAUAUAGAUGUUCAGAGUAGGUUAAACCAGUCAUGUGAUUUUGUUGUUGUCGUCCUCGUUAAUGAUGUUCAAUCAACUCUAUGAAACAUAGAUAACUGGUUAUUGCUGUUGUUGUUGUUGUUGUUUAACCCCAGAUCAACUCAUUUUAGAAAAAAAAUCAAUGCUCGAAGGUAUUAAAACCGUCAAAAUUUCAUCUAAUACCCUCUCCUUAAAUAUGGUGGAAUGUACUGUAAGAGUAAUUUUGUUAUUAAUUUUAGCAAGUCGAGCGACUGCUUAGACAUUAUUUCGUUGGCUCAGUUGCUGAGCUGUGAAACUUUAAUUUUGAGGAUUACGUGUUCACUAUUUAGACAUUUGUGUGGUCGGUAAGAAAUAUUCUAUCGUUCAAUGUUCUAUUUUUCGGUCAUAUUCUUGCAUAAUUGACUUAGUUACUUAAUCGACUGUUUGAGAAAGUUCACAUACACUUCCUAGUUUUUACUCGAGUAGUCUAAAGCUAUGGACUGUUAUUUAGUGGAUUAUAAUGUGUGUACACAGUGAAAUUUUGUAAAAGUGUAUAAAUAUAAUGUAGUAUAUUGUAUCAUAGCUAGCGCUAUUUCCAGUAUAUUUACUACUGAAAAAUCCUACUUCAAUAUGCUAAUAUUUUUACAUUCAUUGAUUGGUUUGUUUCCUUCAAAUCUCUUUCCUUCAAAUUUUACUCCCUCUAACUUACAGCAUACAAAGAGGGAAACAAUGCCAGCGGUUGAUGUAAAGUUUAAUACAUUUGGUAGAAAUGUUUACUUCAAGUUACUCGCAACUGUUAAUCGAUAAUAUUGAGGUCAAGCAACUUGCACAUGGGGCAAGAACUCUAUUUAGUUUAUAAAUGGUAUCAAUAUUUAGACGUAAAUAGUUUUUGAAAAUGAUUAGUGUUUUUAUUAUCCCUAGAUAUGUAUGGGAAGCAAUAGAGCAGCUGAUACAAUUGUUUGAGAUAUUUUACUACGAGUCUUUACGUUGUGAGUUCAAAUACCUCCAAAGUUGUCUUUACAUUUCUUUCUUUCGCAGUCGAUAGAUAAAAUAUCAGUAAAGAACUGCUUUCGAAAUAUUGAUUGUUCUCUCACCAAAAAAAGUGGCUCUGUUUUUGUAAAAGAAAUCAUUAUUAUGACCUACUCUCCAAUACGUGACAUUCAGUUACUAUUAGAAGUAGUCUUGAGUUAUAUCCAGAGUUCAAAUUAUGGAGCGGCUCGCGUUAUUUUCUUAGUAAUGGGGUUGAUAAAAUAAUAGUAAGAUAGUUAGGUGAAAUUCUCACCUAUUUCUCCUAGUCUUUUGAAGUUAUAUAUAAUGUCAUAGUUUUAAAUAUUUCAAACUAAAAUAUCAAUUCUCUAUACUUACGUUCUGCCAAAUGCUAUCAUUAUGUAAAGAGGAGAAUUUUUUCUUUGAAUACUCCGAUAUGAUUUCAUAUUUGUUAUCGGUAACUCGGUAUGUUGUACUUAUACAUACAACUUAUUUGAUCUGUAGCUGAGAGAGUUAAAUUAUAUGACUGUGACGACAAAACAGUAUCAAGAAAGGAAACAU